AUGGCUGAACGGCUUGAGUCGAAGCAGUCCAGCACGGGCACCGAGUCGAAAGCUACUGCAGCGGAGUCGGCAGCACAGAACCCUCCCGGAGCAGCAUUUGAGGACGACGACUCGGAUCCUGAUUUUGACGACCUCGACGACGUCCUCGACCAGUUUUCCGAAGCUAGGGCCACACAACAACUACAGCAGAAGCAGCAACUACAGCAGAAAUCCGAGCCUUCAGAACCCACGCCUUUCUCCUCCGGUCCAGGUAGACCCGCCUCCGAAGCAGCUCUCCCCCCCGACAUUCCCUUGCCGUCCGGCCCACAUGAAAAUGAAUCUGAAGACGCCUUCAUGGCGCGGCUCACCGCCGAGAUGUCCUCGGUGAUGUCGAAGAUGAGUCUCGAUCCCGCCGCCAGCGCAGCCACACCAGAAGAUAUCGCCAAGAUGGGCCGCGAAUUGGAGGAAUUCACGCAAAAGAUGGAGGCAGAGGGCAUCCAGCCAGAGGACCUGCUUAAAGCUAUACUGGGCGAAGACGCCGGGUCCAAAGUGUCCAACCUAGCGCACGACGAACGCGACCGUCGUGAGAGUGAGAGCAAAGGCGACAGCAAACCAGCGGUGAAAUCCAGAGCUUCCGAGUCCACAAGCCCCGAGUCAUCACGACCCGCAAAGGACAGUGUUUCUCCCUCUUCCUCCAAGCCACUACCGAAACAACAACCCUCCACCUCGUUCGAAGACACCAUCCGCCGCACCAUGGCCCGCAUGUCGGAAUCCUCCGCCGCAGCCACCAGCGCCACCACGACCGCGACGCAACAGAAAUCCGAGGAGGACCUCCUCGCGGAUCUUCUCCGCUCCCUGGAUUCCGAAUCUGGGGAUGCCUCCUCCGAAGGGGACCUCUCCAAGAUGUUCCUUUCCAUGAUGGAACAGUUGACCAACAAGGAAAUGUUGUACGACCCGAUGAAGGAGCUAGCGCAGAAGUUUCCGGACUACCUGGAAGCCAACGACCCGAAGGCGUCGAAGAGCAGUAGUCGCAAGGCACCGAAACUGUCACCCGCCGACUUUGACAGGUUCACGCGCCAGCACCGGAUCGUGCGCGAUAUUGUCGCCAAGUUCGAAGAGCCGGGUUACUCGGACGAGGACCCCAAGUGCAGGGAGUUCAUCUGGGAGAAGAUGCAGGAGAUGCAGGCCGAGGGCGCCCCGCCCGAGGAACUGGUUGCGAAUCCGUUUCCCGCCAUGGGAGGAAUGGGCGGUUUGCUUGGCGGUGGCGGCGCUGGUGCUGGCGGAGACGGGUCGGAGGAGGGUUGUCCUACGCAGUGA